AUGGAGGCGAUUAUGAAGAAACGGACUCUGUUGCAGAACUCGGCGCGCCCGGCGGCGAUGGCGGUGCACACAGCUUCACACGCAAUUUCCAAGCCCAAACCGAAGAUUCGUAUCAUUCACAUCUUUGCACCGGAGAUUAUUAAAACCGACGUCGCUAAUUUCCGCGAGCUCGUUCAGAGAUUGACUGGAAAGCCGGCGACGGCGGAGGAGAAGAUUGUUCCGCCUCAAAUUCCUCCGGUAGCAGUGGCGGAUAUUGUGACGGCGUUUGAUCAUCGGAAGUCGGAGAUGGGCGGCGGGGAGUGUCGGAGAGUGAAGACGGAAGAUCGGGAAGAGGAGGAGGAGGAGGAGGAGGAGGAGGAGGAGGAAGAAGAAGAAGAAGAAGAAGAGGCGUUGAGCGACGUGGUUGGGUUGUGGAACGACGUCGUUGGGUUCGAAGGGUUUAUUGAAGAAUUGGGUGAAAUUCCGCUGCUUCCUUCUGCUCACCAAAUAAUGCAUGGUUUUGAAGAAACUCAAUUUGCUUGA